AUGAUUGAAGGUAUUAUGGCGUGGAUGUAGAUGUAAGUGUUUUUCGGCAAGCUGUCUGCUCGGUUCGGCAUUGGGGCAAUCCGUUGUCUUCGCCUGCCCCUCCAAACACUGGUGUAUCCCAUUAAGGGAUCUGGGGGGAGUGGUUAUAUCUGCGUGCCCAGGCGGGGCCAGGACUGAAGGCAUUCCCCCAGACGGCGGUCCCUGUGGGGGUCACCCUAUUUGAUGUAACUCUUAGGAACCCCCAUCUGGAUUGAACUAUGCGUCACUUCUGGCGGGUGGGCUGGAAAUAUUUUGAUUGCCCCAUGCCCAAGCCAAACCUCUUUCAUCUGUAAAGUGGUACCUCGGGUUACCUAAUUAGUUUCGUUAUUGUGCCAUAGGAAUGCUAUUGUAGGUGUGACUCCCUAUUUCAUGUUUGAUUACAGAUGGCCACAACCUCCAAGCAGCCAGCUCCCUAAGCCUUCCCUCAUUUUCACAAUGCUUCAUCUCUUCAUACAAAUGGGACCACCCAUCACAGUCUCUUCAAGCUACUACAGAAACAGACGUGCCUCAUUACGCCUGGAAAUUAGCUUACGAAAAAGUGCACCUGACAGGACUUCUGGUCCUUCUACAGAAUGGUGACUGAAGCCAAGGCAAUUUAGACUUACCAGAAAUGUAAGUAAAUAAAAAAAGUCCAUAGAUUCAUAGAAAUGUAGAGUUGGAAGGGGCUCCAAGAAUAAUCUAGUCAAUGCCCUGCAAUGCAGGAAUCUCAACCAACCAGUCUCUUCUUACCUUAGCAAAUGUGCGAUUAGUUGUGUUAAUUCUCAGUUCCAGUAAGGUUAAAUUUGGUUUUUCAUAGCUGCGCAAAGAGAGGAGCUUGAGCUCUUAUGGUUUUUGAAUUUUAUAACACUGAGAAGCAGGAAUUUACAUAAUAAUGCGGAGUCUUCUUCAGUAAAAGAAUAAAAGCUUUACUGAGUUAAAAUAAACUUAUUUGCAAAUAACAGCAUAAUGAACAGAAGAUUAAACUAGCUUCAGAGCAUACACAGAGUUUCCAUUGAGCACAGGCUUGGCAGAGCACAGGAUCCACCACACACACUGAGACUCUCUCUCUCUCUCUCUCUCUCUCUCACACACACACACACACACACACACACACACAGACACAGACACUGAGUCUGCCUGCAAGCAGAUACAAUAUUUAUACAGAGAAUGAGUCAUCCUAAAGAUAAGUCACAGUGAUUCAGCAUGCUAAAUGAUUCUGCAGCUUUUCAGCAUUUCACAACAUUUCUAGACUCCUCAUCUUCUUCCUUUACAGCUUCUGCUCUCAAAUACCUUUGUCACAUGACACAGCCUUCCCCCUUUCCCAAUUUUAUCGUACUAUUUAGUUGUAAGAUGUAGUGAAAAUAGAGUAGAAUCAGAAAUAUGCAAUUCAGCUACAAUAUGCAAUUCCGGAGCCCCGUUCGCAUUCUGAGCAGAACACAACCUGCGUCUCCGCAGGCUGUGAUCCGCUGCUUCUGCGCGUGCGUGUGACCUCAUUUUGAGCAUCUGCGCAUGCGCGAGCGGCGAAACCCGGAAGUAACCCGUUCCUUUAUUUCCAGGUCACCGCGGAAUGCAACCUGAGAACGCUCAACCUGAAGCGACUUUAACCCAAGGUAUGACUGUAUGUGACGCUAACAGGUUUUCAGGUGAUUUAGUAAUUUGUAGAUAAAUACACGGUGAAUGAGUAUUAUGGCAUGGUCCCCCAUUACCCAUGUGGAAAGAAGUUCUAGAGGCAGUGAUAUUAGGUAGGGUUUGGUUUCCAGAGGUAGAAUCCAACAGCAUUGGCUCUCACCUGGCAAUCCCACAUCACAUCCCCUGAAAGAGGCACUUUGUAGUGUAUCCCAAAAUGCUUCCAAACUUCAGCUCCCCAUUCUCCCCACCCUCCUUGUUGAGUGUUGUGUUCGCGCUGCAGAAGUUCAGUCAAACGGUUAGGUUCAAUGUAGGAAACAACUGUGUAGCAGAGAGAGCUCUUACUUCGGGGGCAAAAACACACACACUAUAUAUACACACAUUCUUUGCAGUUGUUACAAGAAGUCUUCACUCUCUGAAGACAAGAGAGCGUUUUGGCUUAUAAAGUACAGUGGUACCUCAGGUUAAGAACUUAAUUUGUUCUGGAGGUCCGUUCUUAACCUGAAACUGUUCUUAACUUUAGCUAAUGGGGCCUCCUGCUGUCGCCGUGCCGCCGUGGUGCUAUUUCUGUUCUCAUCCUGAAGCAAAGUUCUUAACCCGAGGUACUAUUUCUGGGUUAGUGGAGUCUGUAACCUGAAGCGUCUGUAACCUGAAGUGUCUGUAACCCGAAGUACACUUUUACUUGCUGAGGCAAACUCCACAGAGCAAGUGCAAAUUCCAGUGGCUAACAAAGUCCUGCAAGUGCCAGAGCUCUCAGUCUAGAAGACCUUAACAAUUCAGCUGUGAAAUGAAACCAGCCUGCUUUACAAACAAAUAAAUGAUGAUCAUACAUUACUAAUGUUGUACAUCCCCACAAUGAAUGUUGGAAAAACAAUAUGUCUACUUGGCUAGUUACUGUGGGAAAAACUAAGAAAAUAUUAAAUAGCAUGUGAUUUCAUGUAACUAUGAAUGCUCUGUUUUCUAUUUUCCAGGUAAACAGUGGGGGGGAAGCAUCAAAACUGAGGAAAAACUCACUUGAUUCAUUUGUUUCAUUGGCAUACGCUUCGUGCUUCAGAUCAGGAAACCAUGAGCUGGAUUAGUUUUACUUAUUUGGAAGAAUACCUGAGCUUUGUGGUUCACCCUCUGUGGAUAUUCCUGCUUCCGAUUUUGAUUUAUUCAUAUUGGUUAUCUUUUUAUUUUGUUGGCUGUGUUAUCUCAUUUUACUUCAAUGCUUACAAGAAGAUGAAUAACCACCAAGGAAAUGAUUUUUAUAGCAAAUUUUGGGACAAGCCAAGGCAUGCUUUGGGUUGAUUUGUAGAGCUAGUUGGAAAGAUAUGGCAUGGUGAGUACAUGUUCCUUUCAUACCAAUAAUUCCAAUUUAUGAGCCAAUAUAAUUUCAUAGGACUGAGCAUCAGAAUUUCAGGUUUGAAGCACUGGAACAAUAGUUGCCACAGGGCAUUAGGGCUGGACCUCUAAACCCACCUCAGGGUCACAACAGCUUCAAUUUCUGGUUGGCUCCAUAAGAAUCAAAACACAGGCAUGGGUAUUUAUAUACGUAAUAAACAAUGAUAAAAGAAAAAAACUUUUUAUGAGGUAUGAAAUCAAGACAUAUUACAGAAGGGUCGGUUGGUGGCUGCAUAAACACCAUACAGUGGUACCUCGCAAGACGAAUGCCUCGCAAGACAAAAAACUUGCUAGACGAAAGGGUUUUUUGUUUUUUGAGCUGCUUCGCAAGACGAUUUUCCCUAUGGGCUUGCUUCGCAAGACGGAAACGUCUUGUAAGUUUGUUUCCUUUUUCUUAACACCGUUAAUACAGUUGCGACUUGACUUUGAGGAACAACUCCUAGAACGCGGUGUGGUAGCCUUUUUUGAGGUUUUUUAAGACUUUGGUGAUUUUUGAAGCUUUUCCAAAACUUUCCUGACACCGUGCUUUGCAAGACAAAGACAAUUAAUUUCAUCUUGCGAGGCACCACUGUACAUUUAAUCACAUUUAAAGCAUGCCUCUUCUCCAAAAGAAACCUGGAGAAUGUUGUUUACACCUCACAGAGACACAAUUAGCAAAGCCCUUUGAAAAUAGUUACAUGGAUUGUGGAAAGGGAGAGGGAUUGGCUUUAUGUGUGCACUGGGUACACAGCCAAUGUGAUUAAUAUACAGUGGUGCCUCGCAAGACGGAAUUAAUUCGUUCCGCGAGUUUUUUCGUCUUGCGGUUUUUUUCGUCUUGUGAAGCACGGUGUCGGAAAAGUUUUGGAAAAGCUUCAAAAAUCACCAAAGUCUUCAAAAACCUACAAAAAGGCUACCACACCGCGGGCUCGGAGUUGCUCCUCGACGUCAAGUCGCAACGGUAGGGACGGUUUUAAGAAAAAGGAAACAAACUUGCAAGACGUUUCCGUCUUGCGAAGCAAGCCCAUAGGGAAAAUCGUCUUGCGAAGCAACUUAAAAAACCAAAAACCCUUUCGUUUUGCGAGUUUUCUGUCUUGCGAGGCAUUCGUCUUGCGUGGGACUUUGUGGGAGUGAUUUUCCUGAGCAUGAUAAACCACAAGGUAGCUCUGAAACAUAAACAUUGGAAUUUGCCAGCACAGGAUGUGGUGAUGGCUACUCUUUAGAGGGACACUGCGAGAAACAGGAUGGUGGACUAUAGAGGCCUUUGGCCUGAUCAGCAGGACUCUUCCUAUAUUCUGAAUGCUUCCUAGAGGACUUUUAUUUCUUUAGGAGUUGAUGUACAAAUCCAGAAUACACUACUAAAACCAAGUCUGGGCCAUAAGCAUGAGACCCUGUAACUACUUAUGACAUGAUUGGGGUGCAUCUGUCAUGGAAACAGCUUGGUAAGUGAUUCAGAAAAUGGUCUGAAGAUGCCUGAAGUUGGAACUCUUAGGGAGAGGGGAUAAAUGUACUCCAGGCCUUGGAUAGUUUUUUCCCAAAGCAAUCCUGUGCAGAAGGGUAAUACUGCCCUUAAAAUAAAAUUUAAAAAUCUCCAAAACAUUUAUCAUAAUAAUGCUUAAAGCUAAAAGUAGAUUAAAACAGAAAAUAGCUCAAUCAAAGACUGUGCCUGGAAGAAAGCAUGGAAGGAACAUUCCAUGAGAGGAGAAAUUCCCCUUCCUGCCAUUAAUUCUGGGAGGACCACAGAGAAAGUCCUGUUACAUGUGGAUGACAGCCAGUAUCUAGAAAGCUGAAGGAUAUAGCAGAGAUUUUUACCUAAAUUUCAGUUUUUUGAACCACAUUGAUUUUCCCCAGUAAAAUUUUUUGAUAUUUUAUUUACCUUUCAACAAAGUAGUAUUAUUUGUUUCAUUUUAUUUUCAGGUUAUGAAAUUUAUGGCAUGGAACAUCUCCCUAAAGGACCAGGAAUUGUUAUUUAUUAUCACUCAAGUGUUCUUGUCGGCUAUACCUUAUUUGUGACAAAAGCUUUUACAGAGAAAGGGAAACUGUGCCAUUCAGUAAUUGAUCGUGCCCUGUAUGGGAUCCCCGGUAAUUUAUUUAUAUUUAAAUUAUGUAUUUUUACAUUAAACAUGUGUUAAAUAUGACAUAAAACAAUGCUCUGAUAUAUAAAACAGUGUAUCAGGCAAGCAGGAAAAAACCACAGAUAAAUAAAAUAGCAGCAGCAGGUGAAAAAGUAACUUAGUGGAGGGGAAGGUUAUUUCUCACCACGCCCCUGAAAUUAAACAGAUUGAACAAAGGAUGAAUAAUUAUUUCCAAUUUCUUUCUUCAGGGCAUUUUUUAACAGAAAACACACCAGAAGGAAGACUCAGGGCACAGUAUUAUGAAGAAAAUGUCAUAUUUAUUAAGUAUAACAGUCUAAAGGAUCUUUAAAUCAAAUUAAACUAGCCAAAUCAAAAUACAGUUAGGCAGGAGAAAACAGAUCACUCCCCUUUCCUGGCCAUGUUUACAGGCAACAUUGCCUCAGAGUAAAGGACUGGAAGGAAUAUGUCCUCCUUGUUCCUAGAAUCGUGGGCGCGUGACUUGACGAGCCGAAACCGAUGUGAAUGUCAAGCCAAAUGACCCAAUGCAAGGCCGAGCAUGGCUCUGUCAAUAUUAUAUUGGCCUCUAAACUUCAUACUCCAAAGGUCUACAUCAGGCAUAGGCAAGCUCGGCCCUCCAGAUGUUUUAGGACUACAACUCCCAUCAUCCCUAGCUAACAGGACCAGUGGUCAGGGAUGAUGGGAACUGUAGUCUCAAAACUUCUGGAGGGCCGAGUUUGCCUAUGCUUGGUCUACAUCAUCCAAAUGAAUUUACAAUGGGGGUUGAAUAAUUUCAAUUGCAAGUAUAUAGCAGCACAUUCCCAGGACAAAAUCAUUCCUUGGGGCUGGUAUCACCACCCGCCACAAUUCUACAUUAUUAUUCCAUAUUAUCUUCGUCAGUACUCUAAGGAGUUGCUUUGAUGUUAUGAGGAUAUGCAAUCUAUCAUUUUGUGAGGUUUUUGAAUAAAUCUUAUCAGGUUAUACAGUGGUACCUUGGGUUACAUACGCUUCAGGUUACAGACUCCGCUAACCCGGAAAUAGUACCUCGGGUUAAGAACUUUGCUUCAGGAUUAGAACAGAAAUCUUUAUUAAUAUCCCACAUAUACAUAUAUACAUAGAUAACAAUCAUACAAAGCAAAAGCAAUACAAAUAAAGAAAAGGGUAAAAAAAAGGAAAAAAGAAAGAAACGAAAAAUACAAUAUAUUACAAUUAAAUAACAAAUUAAAAUGUAAAACUACCAAUCAUUCUCAUUAUAUUGCUUAUAUUGUCUAUAUUUUCUUGCCCAGGUUUAUAUUAUGUUAUUAUGUUAUUAGAAGCCUAGCUCUUUGUUGGUGGUAUAUUGCUUCAAUUCCAUUUCUAAAUUUUACUCCUAGUCCCUUUAUUUCUGUCUGUUUUUUCAUAAAAUACCAGGAAACAUUGUCAAAGGCCUUCUCCGCAUCAAGUAAUAACAAGGCUGCCUUUUUAUCACUUUUAGUUUCUAGAUAUUCCAAAAUAUCGACAAUGUUUCUGGUAUUUCCCGAAAUUUGUCUUCCUGCGAGAAACCCUGUCUGGUUUGGAUGAAUGAUUUCUCUGAUGGCUUUUUUAAGCCUGCUUGCCAAUAUAUUGGCAAAGAGUUUGUAAUCACUGUUUAAUAGUGAUAUUGGCCUAAACUGUGAUUGCAGGUGAACAUUAACUGACCUCAAAACGUCUACAAGAAUGCCAUUUUUUACUCCAGUAAUCUCAAGGCUACCAUGAAGAAAUUUCAUGCUUUCUUGUACAAUAGUCUACAUUCUUCCUCAGGGAUGAAAAAAUGGGGGGAAUCUGGAUAAUGUGUCAUUAGAUUUCUCCACUACGUCUACAGGUUCUCAUAUAAUAAUUGCUGCUGCCUUUAAUGCCAGAAUAGAACAAGGUGUAAAAAAACCUGGGUCCCCAACUUGAUGAUCCCCUCAAUCAAUCACUAAUAAAGAUGGAUGUCGUACUGGGAAGAACAAUGCAAAGAAUGGAAUCCUGUUUGGGAGCCUGUUCACUAGUAAACCACCUGUGAAAAAGUUCGCUGUAUUCAUACACCACUUGGGAUGGGGUGGGAGCUACAGCUAAGGAAAAGAGCAGAAGCCCACAUACAUGCCCACGGCUCUCAUAGCAACGCCAACCCAUUAAAAAAUGGUCAAUCAAGCUCUCCCACGCACAGUUUUUAUGCCCCCAAGUGACACUGCAAGCAGAUACAUGAGGCAUCCUUGCUGCACAGUGUACAUGGUCCUCCACUGCCCCCCCCAUCAUCAAACAGCAGCCACCCCAGGAAACAUACGUCAAUUUUAAAAAUAAAGCAAAAGAAGUGAGGUCAGAGCCCAAACAGGCCCAGUAGCACAGAGAGCUCUGUUGGGGGACAUUCCACUGGGUAAAUUAAUGGAGCAUCUAACCCCCUGUCUGGGUGAAAAGAUGGGCUUCUGCUGGUGGAGGCAGGUUUCCACCAGCUGCUUCCUCUCUGUUCUCUCUCUCUCUCUCUCUCUCUCUCUCUCUCUCUCUCUCUCUAUCUGUGUGAAUGUCCACUGUAUCCAAAACCCAUGCAGCCUAUAGGGAUUGAAGACUUGUAUUAUCCAGCAAGGCACUAUGGGCUGUAUUUUUAUCAUGAUGCAAACUAGAAUAUCAAUCUGUUGUACUACGGACUUGAGGAACACUUGCCCAAAAUGUGCUCACCUCAGCACGCAGUCUCACUCUGUGUGCUUUCCAAAAAAACGGCUAUUGCCAGAACACGUGAAGAAAAGAGAAACUAGCAUAAAGUCCCCCUUCCAUGAAAUCCUAGUUGAUCCGUAAUAGAGCAAUAUCUUUGGAAUAAUGACACUUGUAUGACACUUGUAUAGUAUCCACACUAUUUCCUCAUUAAGAGUUGUGUAAAAUGCAUUUUUCUGUUUGGGGCUUACUUUUUUAGGGCUCAAGAUGUUUUAUGAUGUUAUCUUAUUGAGAGAUUUCACAAAUGCUGAAUGUUUGGAAAUUCUGAAGAAAGGCCAUUUACUGGGCAUUGCCCCUGGUGGAUCUAGAGAAGCAAACUUUAGUACUGACUACAGCUUAAUGUGGGGUAACCGCACAGGUUUCGCUCGGCUAGCUUUGGAGGCGAAAGUGGUGAGUGAUCUUUGGGCAAUUUGCAUUGCCCUCACAAUUAUCCUGGAUAUGACGUACUGUGUUGACAGCCUUGAUCUAGCAUCCUCCAUAGCUAAGGAUGGCAAAUAUCCUGUUUUGGAGUCAAAUGAUAUCUGGAGAGCUAUGGAUUUCCCACCCCUGCUUUUUAAAAAAGCCACUGAAAUCAAUAACGUUUAAUAAGAAAAAUGGCUGUCAGGAAAUUGGAGGCAGAGAAGGGGGAGAGAAUGGGGACUUACAGAGAUAGGCCUCCAUUACUUAGCAGCUGUACUUCCUCGGACGAGGAGGGUGACGAAGGGCUGUCAGGAAGCAAUGAAUCAGAGAGGGGGGAGCGGCUUCCGGGGCCCAGCCACUCUCAUAACAGAGGAAGGAAAGGGGGUGGGUUCAGGAAGUGGUUAUGCUGGAAGAAAGCGAAAGCUUCUCCAGUCUCUGCAACUGACUCUCCAUGAUGCAGGCUGACUCUCAGAGCUCCGUGUAAAUAGCAGAAAGAAACCAAUAAAUCUUGUAAAUAUGGCUGGUUUCCCGGACUCUUAUCUCUUCUAGCACUCACCAGUCAUCCCUGACAAUGGCCUUUACCCCCUUUUUCUCUCUUCAAUUCCUGAAAAUCUGGGCAACAACUUGUGAAGUUUCUUCAUCUGAGAUAUUUGAAUAGAUAUUUUGAAGCCUGUUGUAUAAUUUAUGACUUGCUUCUCAUAAUAAUCCCAGAUGUGAAGCAUUCUUCUUUGUCCUUAACAAAAAUAAAGGUGGGGUGGUCAGGGCGAAGUAAUUAUCCAGUUCUCGCCUGUCUUUCAUUUUUGUUUCAUCUUUCAUUCUUCUAGCCCAUCAUCCCAAUAUUUACACAAAACAGUUGUGAAGCAUACAGGAGCUUGGGAAAGACAAGUGAGUUAAAUAUCUUAUGUUUCUUGGUUGAGCAAGAGAUCCAAUUUCAGGCAAUAUACAUUUUAAUAAUAGACUAUUUUUUUAAAAAAACCCAAUUAUCUUUUUCCUACCUACCAGCAGAGUUUAUUCCAUGGACACUUAUCUGUGCUGCCUGCCUCAGUAUUGAGUAAAUAUGCCUUUGUUUAGUUUUCUAUUAGAUUUAAAACAAAGCUGUAAUCUAUAAGAGCGGUAGGAAGCCCAACAUAGACAGGAACAGAUCAGGAAACAAACCAUAUUUUGCAGUCUAUUGUACAACUUAUGAUCCCAAUUGCCAAGAGAUGAGAAGAGCUGAUUGAGUAUGUUGCAUAUCUUUUCCCAAGCACUCAUAUUAUUUAACUCUUCCUCCUUGGGAUGGAUUGAUUGCAAUUGCUUAACAGAAUGCUAACUAAGGUCCAAUUUGAUAUGCGGUCACUUUAUUUUACAGGGCUGACAAAAUGUGUUGGGUUGAAAUCACGACAGACGAAUGGUGGGUGUCAAAGGAGAGACGUCUGCCCGGGGCAAGCCCCGGGAACUCUCUUUUAUUGAAUAUUACAAACAUUGCCACAGGUGUGCUUGUGGCUGAUUGGCUGAUACAAACACAAAGCAUCUUGUUGCUGAUUGGUUAACAUAGGUACAAGGCGGGAAUAACAUAUUACAUUAAUCACUGAUAGUUCAAAAGACUGGGAACGGAGCUGGAACUAGACAGGCAUGAAUCCUCCUAAUUAAAUUAUAACUAAGAUUAAUAUAACAUGACUAAAACAAUUACUAAUGAUUGAUCAUAAGUGAAAGGUCCGUAUAUGUGGUCAGCUAUGCAUUGAGAACAGAGCAUGUUGUUUUUUGUACAUGAACUCAGAAUGAACUGAAGAAUGAAAGAAUGUCUGGGUGUGCUGAGCUCGGUGUGUUUGGAACAGUAUGUGCAGGGCAGAAGCGAGACUUCCCAGAAUCCAAGAGGAAAGGAGCAAGAGUUCUCAUAGUGAGCAUAGAAAGAUUUCAUAGUAAGAUUUCCCACAAUGCCACAUUAUGUGCAGUAAGAGAAACUGCAGAAAGAAAACUUCCCUUCACAUAUGAGAAAACUCGAUGUGUACUCCUUCCCUCUUAUGGAGCGUUCCCAGUGAAAUUGAGGACAUAUGUUGGAGAACCCAUCCCAUAUGAUCCAAAUAUAACUGCCACAGAGCUGGCUGAAAAAGUAAGUGAACCCUACACUUGGAAGUAAAGAAGCAGAAUAUUUUUUCCCUCUUUGUUUCUCUCUCUUUCAGUUCUAAAUUGUAUUCUGCAUACAGUGGUACCUCAGGUUACAGAUGCUUCAGGUUACGCAUUUUCGGGUUGUGUACCACACCGAACCCGGAAGUACCGGACUGGGUUACUUCUGGGUUUCGGCGCUUGCGCUUUGCACAUACGCAGAAAUGCCGAAUCGCGACCCGUGCGUGCACAGAUGCGGCGCUGCGGGUUGCAAAUGUUGCGGGUUGCAAAAGUGCCUCCUGCACAGAUCACGUUCGCAACCCGAGGUUCCACUGUAUUCACUUCCUCAUUCUAUACGACCAGAGAUAGGGUUCAUUAUAUACACUUUUGUGCAUUAUUUUCCUCGCUCAGUUUUCCCUCUUCUUAACUUGUUCAGACUAAUUGAAUGGGAGAAACUAUGCAUUUUAUCUAGUGCAGCACAAAGAGAGAGCUGCUCACACAAUGGAACUUUUUCUCCCCCACUAUGGGCCCCAGAACUGGGUCCCAGAGGGUCCCUCUAAGUCACCCCAGUGCCAAUUUUUGAGGGUGGUGAGAGGGCUGAAGAGGAAGACAAUUCAUUGUACAUGUGGAUGUGGGUUGCAUGAGCCGAACUGCACUGUUGGAUACAGCUCUCUUUAACAGCCAUGAUUCCAAUCAUGCUUGUGCACUAUCAAUCUCCUAAAUGGGAUGCUGUUUCACAGAAGACAAUUUUAAACACAGGUGCCAUCUCUAUGAUAAACUCUGCUAUUACAUUAUAAUGUGACAAUAACUCAUUCUUAAAGAUUGCUGUUGGUUAGGGCGUUCUAAGGUCAACAAUUUUGGGGCCUUCCUAAAUGAGAAAACCAGGGUAAACAUGAAUACAAUGGGCUGGUUUCACAGAGAGAUGAGCGGUUGUACUGUAGAGUUUGCUGGUCCUGGCUCCUCUUGCUCAACCCUCCAUGCCUAAAAAGCCGCUCUUGAGUGUUGAUACACAAGGCCUCUCACGAAACACAUCUCUGAAUACAAAUGACUGGAUUUACAUUUGCAGCAUCGUCCCUCAAAAUAAAUUCAGUUGCUUACAUUUACAUUUUUGCUGGAAAGAAGAAGAUUCUGGAUGCCACAGAUUCUGAUGCCUUUAGCAUUUUCCCCACUGAUAUUAAUAACUGUGAAUAUCUAUUUUGCAACAACAUAAUGUAGUCCUUUGUUUUUCUUUCAACAGGCAAAGACUGCACUUGAAAAUCUUCGGGAUAGACACCAAAAAAGGCCAGGAAAUAUAUUAAGAGCUCUUUUAGAACGAUUUGAUAAGCAUGACAAAGCCAACUAG